AUGAACUUGGUUAGACCAAAAUGAAUGUGAUUUACUAAUGGCAAAUGGAUCUGAUCUCUGAAUUGAUGUAGAUUGGCAUGUGCCUUCAUCAUUUUGUUAACCUUUAGAAAAACUUGCCAUGUAAAAGGAGGUCAAUUAUGUAUUUAAUGUACCCUGGAGACACACCCACUGGUCUUCCUGAUUUCUUCAUGAGGUGUCACUCAAUAGUAUUACGACUGUAACUUGAUACCUGAAGCUAAAAGACUCACAGUGACAUAAUGCAUGUGUGGAAUGUAACUUGAGAACUAAGAUGCCCGAUUUUGCCUGCAGCAUUAAAAGUAAUAACAUUGGAAUUCUUCUGAAACAUUGGUGAUCCCCCCAUCUACAAGAAAAACAGAAACAGUUCAGUUCAUUGACUACCCUCACAACAGCCUGAGAGUGUCUGCUCUCUCUCUCCUUUCUCUUCUUCUUUCUCUAUCUUUUUAUCUCUCUGUCUGUGUCUAUAUCUCUCGUUCUCUUCCUCUCUCUCUCUGUCUGUCUCUCUCGCAGUUUGUCAAAGUCAGAUGCUCACAGCGAUGGCUGACGCAGGGCAGAUCAGAAAGACAGCGGUCAAGGUGCUGGGCUGCGUGGAGAAGGUCUCCUCCUUCGCCUCGUCCAUCAACCCCCUCUUCGGCAUCGUCUCCUCCCUGGUGGGGGUGGUGCGCAUUGGCCUGGCGGGCGAGGAGGCGCACGCCCUGGACAAGGACUUCCAGUUGGUGCACGGCAAGCUGGAGAGCAUCUCUGCGAAGAACCGCCAGUGCCUGCGGCAGAUCCGUGUGGACGAGGUCAAUGAGACAUUCGGUAAGUACGAGGAGUACAUCAAGCACCAGUACGCCGCCUUCAACUCCAUGGUGACACUGGUGAGGAAGGACCCAGAGGGAGCGCGGCGCCACAUGGCCGACUUCGAGUGGGUCUAUGAGAGGGACAAGAGCGACCUGAGCCUGGACGUGUACUACCGGGGCGUCAUGGGCACCGGGUCGGUGUUCGGAAGGCCCCUGCUGAAGGUGUACCUGGAGCACUGCGACGGAGACCGCAGGGUCAUGGAGCACCGGUGCUCCCACCUGGGACACCUGUUCCACAUCGGCCUGAUCGCCCUCAUGGCCUACACAGCGGUGACAGAGGACGACGAGGAGGAGGUGCGGGAGAAGUGGGCCAAGCGCGUGGAGGACAUCCAAGCCAAGAUGCAGGAGGUUUUGAGUCAGUGCAAAGAGGAGGAGGAGAGGAGUCCUCCCUAA